CUUGGCAUUCCUCUUUUCAUUCGUUUAUUCUCUUCUCUUUCUUCCUCUUCUUCAUAAAGACUCUGUCUUCCUUACAAUAGAUUCACUCUCCACCAAUAAAAAAGUAAGCUGGUGAUUGCCUGCCAAAGCAAAGCGAAGCCAAGCCAAACCGUGCCAAGCAACUUUGGGUUGCAUUCACCAGAUAUACAUAUGCAAAGGAUAUGGCGUCCUACUUACGCGCCAAAGUAGACUCAUCUACACAGACAGAUGCACCUCGGCCUUUCACAGCGCUUCUGGACCGAACUUUAGAUCGCAUUGAGGCCACAGUGCCUCUAAAUCUAUCCUCCAUUACCUUCUAUAUCCGUCGUCACCACCUCUCUCGAAUAGAACAAAUAGAAUCUCUUCUCUCUGAAAGCUUCAUCUUUCGAUUUAUUCUCUUCCGUAUCGGCCUCAAACCUCAACAUGUCUUUUCAUUCCUUUGCUUACUUACACUCUAUGCUUGCCGACAACUCUACAAACGAAGUGUCUAUCUAACCACAAACCUCUGCGCAGUUGCGUACCCGGCUUAUUGCUCCAUCCGAACCAUCAAUAGCGACCCGAUCCCUCCGCCAAAAGGAUUAGGUUUAGAGCCAACAGAAUAUAGCCCUGUAUAUAGUCACCGCCGGAGAAACAGUAUAUAUAGUACCAGCGGUAGUAUUCGAUCCUCCAAUAAUAGAAACCGUGCACGAAAGAAUCGUCAUCGGAUGAGUACCAACAGCAUGUUAGAAGAAUCUAUGCAAAGCAGUAAUUCUUACAACAGCGGCAAUAGUGGUAACAGUAGUCCAGAGGAGGAUUAUGAGAGCAGUCGUCGAUCUAUUAGCUCAUCUUGGGGCCGCCCAUCUGAAUAUUCCGCCUACUCUGAUUUCGAUAAUAUCACCUCUACCAGUGGUUCGGUUUCGGUGACAGUGGAAGAGAGGAUGAAACAAAGGAUGCGUCGUCGCUGGGCACAGUUCUCUCAAAAGCGUAAAGACAAGGCUACGCGACAAUGGCUGGCCUAUUGGAGCAUCUAUGGCACUGUCCAAGUGGUCGAUACUUGGUCGUCAUUUUUAUUGGAUUGGAUACCUGGGUACAACCUCGGCAAAUUACUAUUUCUCUGGUGGGCUCAACGUCGUGGUGCCACUUUGAUCUUUGAUUAUUUCCAACCAUUGAUCCAGUCCAAGAACAAGGAUGGACGAGAAGUAGCUCGGAAGCCCAGCAAUCGCAGCCUGAAUUCCGAAAUGUCGCAAAGCGAGCGUGGUGGUUCUACAAAAGGAGGUGAAGGAGGAGGAAGUUCGGAAACAGGCGGCGGAGGACCUGUAGGAUCAGGAUCUCAUUCUUCUAGUAUUCAAGUAUUGCCGUCGACACUUGCUCGCCACCAACAGCAGCAGUAUCAGCAGUAUCAGCAACAACAGCCUCAAUAUCAACAGCAACUCUUUGAACAGCAAUUUUAUGCCAAAGGCGCUAGCUCGCGCAGGAAUACAGCUGCUUUCCGAGACCUGAACCAGGCCCGACACAGAGGUGAUAAUCUUUAUAAUGAUGAAGACGAUCAAGACGACGAGGAAGAUUUCCGUGGCCAUCAUUAUCAGCAUCAACAGCAACAGCAGCAGCAUCGACGGCAGGCACAGCACCUUCAUCAGCAGCCCAUGGAUCUUCGCCGCGAGUUAAUGAAUAGCUCUCCUCACGACUCAGGCUCAUUUGCAGAGACACCAUUGUAUGAUUCUCCAGAGAGCGUCUGGAGUGUGCCACCGUCGUCUUUAAGUCAACAGGCUAUAGAUGAUUCAGAAUCUAUUUCUGAAAGAGCACGUCUUCACAGCAAUAAUGCUACACCAACACCCACAUCUGUGCAACAGCGAUUGACCUCGAUACCAUCAGAAAAAUUAAUUAUAAGACAGACACUAAUUUCAGAGACACAUUCGGAUGCCGCAGCGUCGACUAUUCAUUGGAAUCCAUCAUCAGCCCAAGAUUAUUAAUAAGAUAACCAUCAUAAUUAAUUUCUCUCCCUCUUCCUCUCUUUGCCCUGUUCCUUUAUACCAUUCAAUAGUUCUCAUCAAUGUCAUCUUUAUCUCUAUCCAUUGCUCUUUCAUUUUAUAUAAUGUUGAGCCUUUGAUUCAACUUCCCCCCCUCCCACACCCACACUGUUUUUUAACGAAUAAACUAU